AUGAGAACUAAUCAUUAAUACAAUUAUAAUUAUAAAUUAGACUAAAUAUUUUCCAGAGAAAAGUAAUCCAACAUUUAUACAUUUAUUAGAUCUUAUGAUAUUCAUUUGAAAAAAUUGAAUGAAAUUAAAAGCAAAAAAUCACAUUCAUAAUCAAGAGUCUAACAUAUUGAAAUCUUGGAAAAGAGAAAUUCUAUGAGACAAUAAAGAAGGCGUUUCGAUCUCAGUGGUAUGUUUUCAUGAAGAUUUUAAUAAAUUUAGAACAAUCAGAACGAAUCAAUAAGGGAAACAGUUAAUUAUAUUAUAAAAUAACAGAAAUCUGCAAUAGGCCAAUGUAAUAAGAUUACUAUAAAUAUGAAGAUGAAAAUCUGCAUCACCCUCAUAAUUUAAAUUUAACUUUUCGCAAAAUACAAGCUCAAUAAAUUUAAAAUGAAAACAUUAAAUUAGCUGAUAGACUUAUGAAACAAGAACCAGUCCUAAAAUUGGAUGAGUAUUCUCAUUAAUAUACUGAAAACAAAAGAUUGAUGUAAAGACUUUAAAGAUAUCAAUAAUGUUAACAAUAUGUUAAUUCAAUUAGGUAAUCUUAUAUUUAUUUUAGAAAUAAUUUGACUCUUUCCAAUCGCGAUACAACAAAUAAUAGUUCACUAUCCUGCAAAAAAAAGGAAAAAACAUAGUUAUUACCAAUUCUUAAGUAGUUAUAUAUGUUUAAUCCUAGUGCCAAAAAUAAAUCAAUUGAUGCUUCUGAAUUAGAAAAAAUCAAUUAUUUAAUAAAUUAAGAAGAAGUAUCUACCUUAAAGGAACUUAUAUAAUAAGAAGAAAAAUAACAAUAACAAGAUGAAAAGAAUUAGAACAAAUAAGAAUUGCCCGAAAUCCCUUAACUAAAUGAGGAAUCAUAAAUAGAAACUUUAAGACAAAAUGAAAUUGUGGAGAGCUAAAUUUAAUAAUAGAUAGAUAAUGAAGUCAAACAAUAGAGUGACGAUGAUGUUGAAUAAUGA